AUGAUGAUGCAAGACUCUUCUUCCUCUUCUUUACCUCCUCUCCUCCGUAUCCUCUCCAAACUCAAAUCAAUUCUCGUUUCCAAAGAAGGCGUUGGAAAAGGAAAAUUCGACCUCCUUUUCUUCGCCUUCUCGUUCGUGCUUUUGUGUUUGUUCUCGACGACUGCGCUGAGCAACCAAGCGUACGUGGACGAGAACGGAUUGCUCUUAGGAAGCACGAAAACUGGGUUCGACCGCAAAAACGGCGAACGGGCGAGUAAAUAUUCGGAGUUGCUUCUGAAAACGGGAAGCCUGAGAGAAGCGAAAGAGGUUUUGGUGAGAGAUAUUUUGUUGGCGGAUUUCGAUGGUGUUGACGACUCGUCGGACGAGGUGACGGUGCGCGACUUCGCGGCGCACGCCGUCGCUCGAGCAAAGUUCGGAGACGGGAGAGAAUCCAUCGCAAUUGUCGCACCGAUCGGAUGUUUAGAAGAAGAAGAAGUUAAAGGAGGAGGAGGAAAAGGAGGUGAUGAUAGAAUUAAGGAAGAAGAAGCGGACGCGGUCGCGUUGGCGUUGGAGGUGUUCUUUUACGUCAAGUCGCGAAAGGUGAAAUGGUUGGGACGGGACGUGGUGUUGGUCGUACCGACGUGCUUUGCGUAUUUGGAAGAAGGACAACCAGUUUCGAAAAUUCGCGCGACGGAGAAGUGGGUGGAGACGUAUUUAGAGGGCGAAGAAGAAGAAGAAGAAGAAGAGGAUGGUAGUGGCGGUGGAGGUAACGCUGCGGGUAAUCGAAAAAACAAAAAGAAGGAUGUCUUUUUUCGCGCCGGGCAGAUCCACCAAGCGUUUGGCAUCGAAACCCCAAACGGAAUGAAAAGUUUUAAAAGGUCGAGAUCGACGAUGUUCGCUAAACUUCACGGAUGGAACGGAGCCUUGCCGAAUCAAGACAUAUUUGAAGUGGCAAAGUUUGCCUCGCGAAUGGGGCGGGGGACGUCGGCGGGAUUUAGCGUACAAGGGACGCACGUCAUUGAUGCGACGAAGAAGACAAAAUGGGAGAAGUGGAUGGAGCACACGAAAGCGUGGACAUCGUUUGCGAAAUUAUCGGUAGUUGGUAAGCCAACCGGUGUUCACGGUGCGUUUAAAGUGAAAUCGAUAGAUUCGUUUACAAUGGUAUACGAUAAAGAGGAAGGCGGCAGCGAGGUGGAUGACGAAGGAGCGAAAGGUGGAGACUAUCGCAUAGAAAAUUACCUCGCCUGCGGCAUCGCGUUAGAAACGGCUAUUCGAGCGUGUAAUAAUCUCGUCGAGCAGUUACAUCACGCUCGGUUUGAGUACGUGCUCAUUGGGAAUGACAGAUAUGUAGGCGUUGCUGAGUUGGCUGGAACGCUCGGCGUCAUGCUCGUCGCGUUGGGCAUCAAGACGUUGAAAGCGUACGAAUAUGAAAAAUGGGUGAUUUUGUCUUCUUCAUCUUCUUCAUGGUCCGUUAAAGAGGUCUUCACUGCGGUGAAAAUAUUCACAUUCGUACUCUUAAUGGUUGUGUUAAUCGCGUUGGCGUAUUUUAACAUCGCCUUGGGUCUUUGCGUAGCAACAUUGGGCGUGCCAAUUUGCUUAGCCGUGCCCGAGACCCAAGAGGAGAAAAAGAAGAAAAAGAAGGAAUAA